AUGUCAGGACCCAAAUUCACGCUUCAUCAUCUCGAGAAGUCUCGCUCGACACGCAUCAUCUGGCUCCUCGAAGAGCUCGGCCUAGAUUAUGAGCUCACAAAGUAUAAGCGCACAAGUGACAUGCUUGCUCCCCCAGAGCUCGCCAAGAUCCAUCCUCUCGGCAAGGCACCCGUCGUGACUGUCACCGAGAACGGAAAGACAGAGACACUGGCAGAAUCAGGAGCCAUCAUUGAAUACAUCAUUGCACGCUACGGCAAGGGCAAGCUCGCUCCCAAAGUCGAGGACUCACUCUACAAAGACUAUCUUUUCUGGCUUCACUAUACCGAGGGCUCGGUCAUGUCGCUGAUCAUGAUGAAUCUCGUCUUUGGUCAGCUGCCGUAUCAGGGACCUUUCCUAGCGCGUCCCAUCCUCCACGUCGUCACCGCCGGCGCACGGCAACAAUUCCUCAAUCCCGGUCUGAAGAACCACUUCAAGUUCAUCGAUGCCGAACUUGAAAAGACAGGCGGCAAGUUCCUCGUAGGCAAUUCAUUGACGGGCGCGGAUAUCAACUUUUCGUUUGUCGUCGAAUCCGUUGCUGCUAUGGGUUGGAUCAACAACUACCCCAACAUCAAGACCUACUAUGCAUCUAUCAAGGCACAUCCCGCUUACAAGAUUGCUGAAGAGAAGGGAGACCCUGUGGAUCUCUCCAUGUUUGCAAAGUAG